AUGCUCUGCCGCAUUACCUCGACAUCGCGAGGGAAGCCACUGCCGUGCAAGCAGUCGCAGCCGCAGCCACUCCCACCCCCUCACCAGCUCUGCUCUGGCGUCCAUGGUCAGCCCUUCCUCCGACUCAGGACUGUGGUAACAACCACCUCAGCAGCCGCAGCUGCCCCCAGUCUGCUCACACGGCAUCACCCACAGUCUCCUCCUUCCCCUACAUUCUUGCCCGGAUCGCAAGAGGCGACAGUUACAACUAGCGAUGAUGAAACGGAAAAGGCGACAGAGGCGACAGUUACAACUAGCUAUGAUGAAACGGAAAAGGCGACAGAGGCGACAGUUACAACUAGCGAUGAUGAAACGGAAAAGGCGACAGAGGCGACAGUUACAACUAGCAAUGAUAAAACGGAAAAGGCGACAGAGGCGACAGUUACAACUAGCGAUGAUGAAACGGAAAAGGCGACAGAGGCGACAGUUACAACUAGCGAUGAUGAAACGGAAAGGGCGACAGAGGCGACAGUUACAACUAGCGAUGAUGAAACGGAAAGGGCGACAGAGGCGACAGCUACAACUAGCAAUGAUGAAACGGAAAAGGCGACAGAGGCGACAGUUACAACUAGCGAUGAUGAAACGGAAAAGGCGACGGAGGCGACAGUUACAACUAGCGAUGAUGAAACGGAAAAGGCGACAGAGGCGACAGUUACAACUAGCGAUGAUGAAACGGAAAAGGUGACGGAGGCGACAGUUACAACUAGCGAUGAUGAAACAGAAAAGGCGACAGAGGCGACAGUUACAACUAGUGAUGAUGAAACUGAAAAGGCGACAGAGGCGACAGUUCCAACUAGUGAUGAUGAAACUGAAAAGGCGACAGAGGCGACAGUUCCAACUAGCGAUGAUGAAACUGAAAAGGCGACAGAGGCGACAGUUCCAACUAGCGAUGAUGAAACGGAAAAGGCGACAGAGGCGACAGUUACAACUAGCGAUGAUGAAACGGAAAAGGCGACAGAGGCGACAGUUCCAACUAGCGAUGAUGAAACUGAAAAGGCGACAGAGGCGACAGUUACAACUAGCGAUGAUGAAACGGAAAAGGCGACAGAGGCGACAGUUACAACUAGCUAUGAUGAAACGGAAAAGGCGACAGAGGCGACAGUUACAACUAGCGAUGAUGAAACGGAAAAGGCGACAGAGGCGACAGUUGCAACUAGCGAUGAUGAAACGGAAAAGGCGACAGAGGCGACAGUUACAACUAGCGAUGAUGAAACGGAAAAGGCGACAGAGGCGACAGUUACAACUAGCGAUGAUGGUACUGAAAAGACUGUAAACUUUGGUUGCUCGUAUCUAUUCUGA